AUGGCAUCGCGAGACUUAGUUGGACGCCCACUGGUGCCAUUCUUCGAUAGCGACGACAACGUGAACGACUCAUUGCAGCUGGCAGAGGGAGAUGACGAGCAUGAGGAGAUGGACGUCGACGCGCGAGUCUGGGAUAAAGAACUCGGCUACUUUGUGUACCCCUCUGAGAAACAGGGAGUCACAAUUGCAAACCGGGAAUCGAGGACGGACAGCGGCAGCAAAUUGCUGCUCACGCCCUCCAUGAUGCUGUCCAGCAGUGCACCAGAACACUUCAACUUUAUGACUGCAAACGGGAAUCCUGUACAAGCUACUACAGAUGACGCUCCUGCGCGCAGCAGCUCAGCAAAGCGUGGAUCGAAACAGAAGAGACCCAAUACACCGGGACGGCGACGGAAGGACAAAGACGAAGGUGAGGAGGCAUCCGCAGUAAACACUAUAUCAUCCAAGAAGGGCAAAAACAAAGCUGGCAACACGAACAGCAGUGGUAAUGGCCAGCAAUCGCGUAAUGGGAAGCAAAAGGAGCAGCUCUCAGCCUCCGGCAAAUGGGCCUGGUCAGCGUUCCAGUCGUCGCCCGACCCGACUGAGCUGCCAAUGCCGCCGUUCCUCACUAAACCAUCGGGAGGUAUAAGCAACGGCGAUAACUCUCCUCGUGUUCCAAAAGCCCCAGCGCCUCCUCUUCCGCCUACACCUCCGCCAACUCAGCAUACGAGUGUGCCAUUCGCGCCACCAUUGCCUCCAGGGCCUCCUCCUUCGCAUCCACCGCUACCACCGAUGCCUGCAACACCUCCGGAUGCACAGAUGUCUAUCGAGUUAUCGAUGACUCAAGAUCUCCGUAGGAUGCUGAAUAUUGGCGGAGGGUAA